AUGUCAGCGUUUGAGGCCAAUAAAUUAAGGCAAAGAGUGGAAGAUGAAGAGGCCACAGAAAGCAUAUGCCCAAAAAUGUCUUCCCCUUUCUUUCAGAACCAAGAUUGUGAGAUUUUGCAGGAGCCUUCUGACAUUUUGUUCGAAUCAUGUUCAAGCAAUGGUGUUCGUGACUCUAUCUAUGAUUCUCUUUCCUUCGAUAUGGUUGACUUCUCCAUGGAUUCACAGUCACCAAUCAAAGGAAACCACAACGAGCGAAAGCAAUUGGUGGUUAAGUCUGAAGGUAAACAAGAGCACACUGAGAAAAUGUCGUAUAUAGGUGUAAGGAAAAGGCCAUGGGGAAAAUUUGCAGCAGAGAUUAGAGAUACAACGAGGAAUGGCACAAGGGUUUGGCUUGGAACCUUUGAUAGUGCUGAGUCUGCUGCUUUAGCUUAUGACCAAGCUGCAUUUUCCAUGAGAGGCCAUAAUGCUCUACUCAAUUUUCUUGCAAUUUUUUUGUUGUUGGUUUCAGACUUUCAGCUAAUGUUGUCAACGAAUUCAAGUGAUAGAGACUCGUCAUAG